GUGGCACGGAGCUGCAGCCACAGGCACACAGAGGGUGUGUGCCGCGUCCAGGGAACAUGCCAAGCAACGUCACGGAGUGCGAGCGCAGAUACGAGAACAUGCGCGAGCACAAGCAUGGGUGCCAGUGGGAGCGCAAGUGGAAGCGUGGACACGGGCAUGUGGGACACCGGUGUCGGUGUCGCGACACGGGGUUGCGACUACGACACUUACAUAUACGAGGACGUAGGCACAAGGUGGAUCGCUCGAGACGCAGCGGGCCUUGCCAGCAGAGGCGUCGAUUCCGGGGCCGUGGCGUGAAGUUGCGGACAGGACGCGUGGGAGCCUGGGUUGAGGCACUAGCACGUGCGAGCGCCAACACGGGAGCGGGCGCGAGCGCGACAUGGAACGCUCAAGAGGCGAGCCUUGCACGAGUUGGCAGCGUCCAUGCCAAGGCCGUGGCACGGGGUCGCGGUCGAGACACGCUGGAGCGCGCAGGAGUAGCCCAGAAAAUUCUAGAAGCUGUUGGGUGCGUAGUGAUGGUUCCAGACAAGGGGUCUAGAUGGGCUUAAUGGGCCGAGCCCAACUUGGGGUUUCUCCUAGGGCCUUGUAGAUAAUUCUAGAAUAGGGGAUUCUAGAAUAAAGUAGGCUUAGGAGGGAGAAUGGAAAAUGUUCUGGAAUUGUACAUAUGAGGGAAUUAUGUGGAGUGUUCUAGAGACACCUGUAGAGGGCUCUUGGGCUGAACUCUUCUAUAAAUAGAGGUGGCCUAAGUAGAAGAGAAGGAGGAGGCUUGAGAGAGUGAGCUGCUAGGUGAGUGAGUGCAGAGAGGGGCUUUGUACUCAUGCUCUUGUACACUCCCUUGCGAUCAUAAUAAAUUCUCUUCUUUUCC